AUGUAUCUCCAACUAUUUUCUCUUCUGCAGCUCGUUGCCAUUGCCGUGGCCCAUCCUCAGAGGUUGGCAGAUGCUAACUCCGUACGAAGUGUCUCGGAGGACGGACGAUGCGGGACAGGAUUUGGCACGGCCUGCGAGGAUGAUGAAUGCUGCUCUAGUGCAGGCUGGUGCGGAGUUGGUUACCUGUAUUGCUCCGCGCCGGCCUGUCAGAUUGACUAUGGCCCGCGGUGUGACGCCAACGUACGACCCAAGGGACCGGCCACUGAAAAAGUUGCACGACCACGCACUGGUAACGUUCCUUACGGGGAGGCCAUAUAUCACUGUGAAAGAUAUGGCGAUGUCGCCCUGACCUUUGAUGACGGCCCAUACAUCUACACCGAGGAUCUCUUGAACCUUUUGGAGAAGUACAAAGCCAAGGCAACAUUCUUCGUCACUGGCAACAAUCUCGGCAAAGGCGCCAUCAACGACCCAGCCCACUCCUGGGGCGGCCUGAUCAAGCGCAUGGCCGCCACCGGCCACCAGAUUGCCAGCCACACCUGGUCGCACCAGCGCCUCACCACGCUCAGCGAGACGAACUUCCGCAACCAAAUGUACUUUAACGAGGUGGCGCUCGCCGACCUCCUCGGCUACUUCCCGACGUACAUGCGCCCGCCGUACUCGGCCAGCAACGACACGACGGACCGCUGGCUCGGCGAGCUGGGCUACCACGUCACCUACUUCAACCUCGACACCGAGGGCUACCUUCACGACAGCCCGGGCCUGAUCCAGGAGUCCAAGGACAUCUGGGACGACGCCGUGGAGAGGGCGGACCCCAAGACGACCAAGUGGCUGCAGAUUGAGCACGACACCGUCUUCCAGUCCGUGUACAACUUUACCGAGCAUGCCCUCGAGUCGCUGUUCCGAAACGGCUUUCGGUCGGUGACGGUGGGCGAGUGUCUGGGAGAUGCGCGUGAGAACUGGUACCGAAAAGUGUAA